GAGGACGAAGCUUGCCUGGAAGGCUGGAACCGACCUUUUCCUUUUCCAAGUAGGACCUCUUCCACCCUUCAAUGGUUUCACCGAACCACUCAUGCAGUGGCUUCUGAUACUCGCUUUGUCCUCACAGAAUUCCGCAGCGGGUAAGCGUCGCACCGCCGCCGCCGUCGUCUGCCGUCUGAAUUAUGAGUCUGGAGUGUGUGUAUGGGGUUGUGUUUCUUCCUCCUUCUACUGCCCACCGGCGGGUUGUUGUUUCCCGCCACCACCGCCAUCGGUUGUGGAAACGCCGCCGUUUCAAGGGAGUAAUUGUCGGGUGCCAAGUGAAUCCGACGCCUUCAUCCUCUCCGUUUGAUGACCUCUUCCAAAGCUUGCUGUCCCAGUUUCCUUCUGUGAGCUCGCUGAAUUACAUAGCGCCGGCGCUCGGCGUGGCCUCCGGUCUCGCGCUGUUUUUCACUUCACAUUCACGGAAGUUGCUUUCAAACUCUAGGAUAGAAAAUGAUCGCAAUCGUUAUAUCGGGGAGUGGGUCUUGUUCACCAGCCCGACGCCGUUUAACCGAUUUGUGACGUUGCGAUGCCCUUCGAUUUGUUUUCCUGAGAGUGAAUUAUUGGAGGAUUUGAACGAAAAGCUCAUCAAAGAGGAAAGGCUCUAUGUGAAGCUGGACAGUGGGAGAAUGAUGCAAGUGGGGAAGAGUGAGGGUGACGUUGAGGAGAAGAUGGCGUAUCAGAGAAUCUGUGUAGUUACGGAGGAUGGUGGUGUCCUGUCAUUGGAUUGGCCAGCGAAUUUGGAUAUGGAGGAAGAACGGGGAUUGGAUACUACGGUGUUGAUUGUCCCGGGGACUGCAGAAGGCAGUAAUGAGAGGAAAAUCAAGGCAUUUGUAUUGGAGUGUCUGAGGAGAGGCAGUUUUCCCGUUGUCAUGAAUCCAAGAGGAUGUGCAGGAUCACCGCUGACUACACCACGGUUAUUUACAGCUGCUGACAGUGAUGACAUCUCCACAGCCGUACAAUAUAUAAACAAGAAAAGGCCAUGGACAACAUUAAUGGGAGUUGGCUGGGGGUAUGGUGCAAAUAUGUUGACAAAGUACCUGGCAGAAUUUGGAGAGAGGACACCUCUUACAGCUGCAACUUGCAUAGAUACUCCUUUCGACUUGGAGGAAUUCACAAGGUCCUCUAUUUAUCAUAUGGAUUUUGAGCAGAGCCAUGUAGAUGGCUUUAUCAAGAUACUAAAAUGUAACAAGGAAUUGUUUCAAGGUCAAGGGAAAGGAUUUGAUGUUGAAAAGGCCUUGUCAGCACCUUCAGUUCGGGAGUUUGAGCAAUCAAUUUCCAUGGUGUCUUAUGGAAUUGAUUCCAUUGAACAGUUUUACGCAACAUGUAGCACCCGAGAUGUAGUUGGCAAAGUGAAAAUUCCUGUUCUUUUUAUACAGAACGAUGACUCAAAAGUUCCACUGUUUUCUAUUCCACGGAGUAUGAUAGCAGAGAACCCAUUUACGAGCUUGCUUCUAUGUUCUCACUCAUCUAGAAACAGUAUGGGCAGCAGAUUAAGGUUCUCUUGGUGCCAGAGCCUCACUUUAGAGUGGCUCACAGCUGUGGAGCUUGGACUUUUAAAAGGUCGCCAUCCACUUUUGAAUGAUGUUGAUGUCACUAUAAAUCCUUCAAGAGGUUUGGCACUGGUGGAAAGAAAGUCUAAUAAAAGAGGGAAAUCUGACAAGCUCUUGAAUCAAGCUAAUGGAAAUUCUCCAUUGACAAUUUUUGAAGAAAAUGGUACAGGCACAAGCAUUCUGUCAAGACCUAUGAAAGGUACCAGAGAACCUCCUGGCAUAUCUAAAGGAUUGCCAAAAGAGGACAGAAAUGUAGGAAACCAUUCUAGUGCAUCUAUUGAUGCAGCGACUGAGGAUAAUGGUUCUGAUAAUGAAAGAGGGCAAGUACUACAAACUGCACAAGUGGUUAUGAAUAUGCUUGAUGUGACUAUGCCUGGUACUCUUUCUGAUGAAGAGAAAAUGAAGGUACUUAAUGCUGUGGGUCAAGGUGAGACAUUGGUUAAAGCAUUGCAAGAUGCUGUGCCAGAAGAUGUUCGUGGAAAGCUCACUGCAGCUGUUUCUGGAAUUAUGCAGAGUCAGGGAUCAAAUGUGAAGUUUGAUAAACUUUUAAAUCUUGGAAACUUCCCUGAUGUGGCAUCAGGAUUGAACUCAAAAUUUCUUGAAAAAAUGAGAAAGACGAAAGCAAAUGGUGAUGGAGAUGUCAGUUCUUUGGGCAAAAGGGUAACAGCUAAUAGCCCUGAAGAUGGUUCCUUAAAAUCUGAUCACAACUCAGACAAGCCUUCUGGUGAUACUGAUUCAGAGAAGCAAUCAUUAGAUACUCCACCAAAACCAUCUGAUUCAGGUACUGAUCAAUCCACAAGUGACCAGGGAAGCAAUAAUCCAAAUUUAGAAAAGGGAAUCCUGAAUGAAGGUUCUGAAGAUGAGCAAUUCUUAGGGGGUAGGUCUGCCCAGACUUUUGAUAAGAAAAGUGCACCAGAAAUAAAAGCUGAUGGAGAGGUUUCUAGCAUGUUAGGACCUAGUGAGUCUAAUGGUACUGUUUCCGACCAAACAGGAGUGGAAAAGAGGGACGGAAAGGAUCAUUCAGGUUCUAUGGAGGAGAAUAAUGUUCAGAAAAAUGAUUUUUCUUCUGAUCAUCAUGAGUCGGGAUCUCAUGGUAUAGAGGAUGAACAUUCUGCUCCAUCCUCUCCCUCUGAAGCGCAAAUAACGGGAAAUGAAGCAGAAAGUAGUCAAAGCAAGCAAGGCAGUUGUCCAAAACCUCUUCAAAGUGAAAGUAACAACAGUACUCCUCACUUUAGUGUUUCUGAGGCCUUAGAUGCAUUAACAGGUUUUGAUGAUUCCACCCAAGCUGCUGUUAAUAGUGUAUUCAAUGUAAUUGAGGGCGUGAUAGAUCAGUUGGAUGUGGAAAAGAACUCUGAGGACCAUAAUGCAGAAGAUAAAGGAAGUGAGGACGUAAAGGAAAGGAGUGAAGGCUCUGUAGCUAAAAAUGAUUUGACAAACAAUGAUUCUGAAUCUGCAAAAACAUCAGAUCUCAGGAGUAAUGACAAUGCUCAAUCUGAUAAAUCAGAAGGUGCUAUUCUGUAUGAUCCGGAAGGCGCAUCAUACAAGUAUGAACAGCAGAAUAGUGCAAGUCAUAGUGAUAGUAGAAGGGGCCAGCUGGGGACUGAGUAUGAAACCAGUUUUGUGCCAGCAACUGGAAAGCACCCAGAAAAGGAUUUUAUAAAAUAUUUGAACGCUAGUGUCCCAGGUCGCUUGACUCUUCCAUAUGACGACCCACUUUACAAAGAAUACCUCAAAACAUACCGUAAUUGGAUGACGAGAAAUGCACAGCCUUUUGAUGUGGCUAAAAAGUCAACUUUACAUCUUGACUACAUUCCAGAAGAAGGUAAGUGGAAGCUUUUAGAUCAGACAGAAGACAAUAGUGCUUAUAUUAGUGAAGAUGAUUAUAGAGAAGACCUGAAUGUCCCUCAUCAAAGAUCCAAGCAUAUUGAUACAGUUGUUGAACCCUCUUAUGUAAUAUUGGAUUCAAGUAUUCCACCUGACCGAAGCCAAGACUCUAAAGCAGAUGUUGUUCUCAAUAAUGAUUUUGGUUGUAAUGCAACCAAAAUUGAAGACUCAAUUCUUUUUGUCAAAACUAUCAUCUUAAAAUGUUUAAUUGUAGAAGUCGGUCGUAGGGUCAAUGCAGUUGACACAGAAGAAAUGGAGCUGAGACUUGCUGGUGAAAUGGAAUAUGUUGCAAAUUCUGUAUCCGAGGAAGCAGGGAAAGAAAAUAUACAUAUGUGUGUAGGGAGUGACACCAUACAGGAAAAGCUUGGGACCCUUCACGGGGAGAAGAUAGUAAGAGUUAUUUCAUCUGCAUUACAGGAAACCCAAUUUUUGAAAAGAAUAUUGCCUGUUGGUGUUGUUGUGGGCUCUAGUUUAGCUGCACUCAGAAAGUUCUUUGAUGUUGCUGCAUUGGAUUGUAAUGAAGAAAAUUUUUUACCAAUUGAAGAUGCUGGUAUAUCUACCGAUAGAUUUGUUCAAGUCCAUGAGAAGGAGACUUCCCCAAUUUUAUUAAAUAAAAGAGAACAUAAGGAUUGUCCUUCCAAUUCAAUUGUUAAAGAAGGGGACAACAGUGAUCAUCAAAGUUCUAAUAACAAGAACGAAGUUAUGGUUGGUGCUGUUACUGCUGCUCUGGGUGCUUCUGCUUUGCUUGUUCACCAGCAGAAUACAGAAACAGCUCAAACUUCAAAGGAUCCUCUCAGUGAUCAACAAAGUGCAGGCCUGUCACAGACCCCUGAGAAAACACAUAAUAUAGUCACAAGUCUUGCAGAGAAAGCAUUAUCUGUUGCUAGUCCUGUGGUGCCUUUAAAGGAAGAUGGGGGAGUGGAUCAAGAAAGGCUGGUGAACAUGCUUGCAGAACUAGGACAAAGGGGGGGAAUUUUGAAACUUGUUGGUAAAGUUGCUUUGCUUUGGGGUGGAAUACGUGGUGCAAUGAGUUUGACUGACAAACUCAUCUCAUUUUUGCAUAUUGCCGAACGUCCACUGUUUCAGAGGAUCUUAGGUUUUGUUUCCAUGGUGCUUCUUCUCUGGUCACCUGUUGUGAUUCCAAUGCUACCUACCCUAAUGCAAAACUGGUCCACGCAAAGCCACUUUAAAAUUGCAGAGUUUGCUUGCAUUGCCAGCCUCUAUGUCUCUGUCUUGAUUAUGAUUGCAUUAUGGGGAAAAAGAAUCCGCAAAUAUGAUGAUCCUCUACUGCAAUAUGGAAUGGAUUUGGCUUCGGUUCCAAAGCUUGAGAAUUUUCUAAAGGGUUUGAUUGGAGGAUUCAUCCUUGUUGUGUCAAUACAUGCUGUGAACUCCUCACUUGGCUUUGCUCAUCUCCGCUGGCCAGACGCUCUGUCUUCAUCUUCUUCAGAACCUGUAGCGUUGAUUAAGGCAUAUGCAUGGAUGCUUAUAAAAGUUGUUAAAGGAAUAGCAACUGCAACUGCUGUUUCAGUUGUGGAGGAAUUGCUCUUCAGAUCAUGGCUACCUGAGGAAAUUGCUUCCGACUAUGGAUAUCACCAAGGGAUAAUCAUCUCAGGACUAAUAUUUGCUUUAUCUCAAAGGUCAAUGUGGGAAAUCCCUGGGCUAUUGCUACUAUCUCUGAGUCUAUCAGGAGCUCGGCAACGAAAUGAAGGUGGUCUCUCACUACCAAUUGGACUUCGUACAGGCAUUCUAGCAUCUAAUUUCAUGUUGAAAUCCGGUGGUUUUCUGUCCUACCGACCAAAUCUUGAAACAUGGGUCACCGGUGGCCACCCUUUUCAACCAUUUAGCGGUGUGGUCGGUCUCGCCUUCUCUUUUGUUUUGGCAGUUAUUCUCUAUCCCAGGCAGGCACUUUAUAAUAAAAACACCAGGCCUAUCCGAGGGUAACUUCUGCUCCAUGUAAAAGCUUUUCCCAAAUGUAUAUAUUCACACGCACACUGUGGCUUCCAUGUUCAAACAUUACAAAAAGAAAGAUUACUUAUACACACCUCUUUGGAACUGAAAGUUCAUACAAAAAAAGUGUAAAUGCUUUCAGUUG